GGGUGGAGGAGCAGGCUCGGUGGCGAACUCUCCUCGCGUCCCGGCUUGGGCAGCGCUGAGGGGCGCCCCUUGUCCAGCCUUCCCGGUUCGAGAAUUCCCUUCCGAGGCGCCCGCGCCCCCGGGCUCCCCGCCUCGGCCACCCGGCGGCCCCGAUGCCGAGGCAUGGAUAAAGCGGCUCUGCGCGCGGCGGCGAUGGGGGAGAAGAAGGAGGGCGGCGGCGGGGGGGACGCAGCGGCCGCGGAUGGGGACGCCGGGGCCGCGGCCAGCCGGGCGCUGCAGCAGUGCAGGCAGCUCCAGAAGCUCAUCGACAUCUCCAUCGGCAGCCUGCGCGGGCUGCGCACCAAGUGCGCGGUGUCCAACGACCUAACCCAGCAGGAGAUCCGGACCCUGGAGGCGAAGCUGGUCCGCUACAUUUGCAAGCAGCGGCAGUGCAAGCUGAGCGUGGAUCCUGGUGAGAGGACCUCUGAGCUCAACAGCUACCCCCGCUUCAGUGACUGGCUGUACACCUUCAAUGUGAGGCCGGAGGUGGUGCAGGAGAUACCCAGCGAGCUCACGCUGGAUGCCCUGCUGGACAUGAACGAGGCCAAGGUGAAGGAGACGCUGCGGCGCUGCAGGGCCAGCACCGAGGAAUGUGGCCGCCUACAGCACGCCCUCACCUGCCUGCGGAAGGUGACAGGCCGGGGAGGGGAGCACAAAGAAGAUUCAGGCUGGAGUCCAUUGGAUGUCCAGCGAGAAAGUAGCUCAGGACCUUCCUCGGACACACUCUUACCAACCAGCAUGACCUGCCCCCCAGGGAGCUCCCAGCUGGGCAGAGUGGGCAGCAGUGCCCAGGGCCCACGCUCCGUCUCCGUGUCAGCUCUACCCGCCUUGGACUCCUCAACCCCUGGCCCCAGCGAGGGCCUCGCGGACACCUGUAUCCCGCUGCAUGCCAGCGGCCGGCUGACCCCCCGCGCCUUGCACAGCUUCAUCACACCCCCGACCACGCCACAGCUGCGCCGGCACACCAAGCUCAAGCCGCCGCGGACACCCCCCCCACCCAGCCGCAAGGUCUUCCAGCUGCUGCCCAGCUUCCCCACGCUCACCCGAAGCAAGUCCCAUGAGUCCCAGCUGGGGAACCGCAUUGACGAGGUCUCCUCAAUGAGGUUCGAUCUCCCGCACGGGUCUCCACAGAUGGUACGAAGGGACAUCGGGCUGUCCGUGACACACAGGUUCUCCACCAAGUCCUGGCUGUCCCAGGUCUGUCACGUGUGCCAGAAGAGCAUGAUGUUUGGAGUGAAGUGCAAGCACUGCAGGUUGAAGUGUCACAACAAGUGUACAAAAGAAGCCCCCGCCUGUCGAAUAUCCUUCCUACCACUACCUAGACUCCGGAGGACAGAAUCUGUCCCUUCAGACAUCAACAACCCAGUGGACAGAGCAGCCGAACCCCAUUUUGGAACCCUCCCCAAAGCACUCACAAAGAAGGAGCACUCUCCGGCCAUGAACCACCUGGACUCCAGCAGCAACCCGUCCUCGACCACGUCCUCCACACCCUCCUCGCCGGCGCCUUUCCCGAUGUCUUCCAACCCAUCCAGUGCCACCACACCCCCCAACCCCUCACCUGGUCAGCGGGACAGCAGGUUCAACUUCCCAGCUGCCUACUUCAUUCAUCAUAGACAGCAGUUUAUCUUCCCAGACAUUUCGGCCUUCCCGCCGGCAGCGCCGCCCGCUGAUGCAGCAGACAGUCCCCAGCUCAACGACCAGCCAAAAGCAGACGUGUUGGAGGAUCAUGAAGCAGAGGCCGAGGAGCCGGAGGCUGGCAAGUCCGAGGUGGAAGAUGACGAGGACGAGGUAGACGACCUGCCGAGCGCCCGCCGGACCUGGCGAGGCCCCAUCUCACGCAAGGCCAGCCAGACCAGCGUGUACUUGCAGGAGUGGGACAUCCCCUUCGAGCAGGUGGAGCUGGGGGAGCCCAUUGAGCAGGGCCGCUGGGGCCGGGUGCACCGUGGCCGCUGGCACGGCGAGGUGGCCAUCCGCCUGCUGGAGAUGGAUGGCAACAACCAGGACCACCUGAAACUGUUCAAGAAGGAGGUGAUGAACUAUCGGCAAACGCGGCACGAGAACGUGGUGCUCUUCAUGGGGGCCUGCAUGAACCCUCCCCACUUGGCCAUCAUCACUAGCUUCUGCAAAGGGCGGACGUUGCACUCAUUUGUCAGGGACCCCAAGACGUCCUUAGACAUCAACAAGACGAGGCAGAUUGCUCAAGAGAUCAUCAAGGGCAUGGGGUAUCUCCAUGCCAAGGGCAUUGUGCACAAAGAUCUCAAAUCCAAGAACGUCUUCUAUGAUAAUGGCAAAGUGGUCAUCACGGACUUCGGGCUGUUCGGGAUCUCAGGCGUGGUCCGAGAAGGACGGCGUGAGAACGAGCUGAAGCUGUCACAUGACUGGCUGUGCUACUUGGCCCCUGAGAUCGUGCGUGAGAUGACCCCCGGGAAGGAUGAGGACGAGCUGCCAUUCUCCAAAGCUGCUGACGUCUAUGCAUUUGGGACUAUCUGGUAUGAGCUACAAGCAAGAGACUGGCCCUUUAAGAACCAAGCAGCAGAGGCCCUGAUCUGGCAGAUUGGAAGUGGAGAAGGAGUGAAGCGUAUCCUGGCUUCCGUCAGCCUGGGGAAGGAGGUCAUCGAGAUCCUGUCUGCCUGCUGGGCAUUCAACCUGCAGGAGAGGCCCAGCUUCCCCCUGCUGAUGGACAUGCUGGAGAAACUGCCCAAGCUGAACCGGCGCCUCUCCCACCCCGGGCACUUCUGGAAGUCAGCUGAGUAA